ACUUGAAUUUAUAAUUGUAUACGUUGUAAGUAUACAAAAUUAGUACAACGUGUAUAUAGGCUGUUUUAAAAAUACAUAUGUGUUAAAUUUCAAAUAUGUGCUCAAAAUAAAAUAAUUAUAAUAAAUAAACAAAGCUUUUAAAUAUUUAUUAAAAUAUCAUAAAAAUAUAUAUCUACGAAAAUAAAUGAAUGAAAAACAUGGAGAGAUGGAUAAAUUAGUAAUUUUAAUAGCGGCAGUCCAUUUGUUAUACUGUCCAUUUACCAAAGUCGAAGAAAGUUUUAACUUGCAAGCAAUCCACGAUAUUCUUUACCAUGGUCAUAACCUCGACGAGUAUGACCAUCAUGAAUUUCCAGGAGUGGUACCGCGAACCUUUUUGGGAUCUCUGGUGGUAUCUGCAUUCUCAUAUCCAAUUGUCGCUACUAUUAAAUAUUUUGGGUUGAAUAAAUUUUGUUCUCAGUAUGCAGUGAGAGCAGUUUUAGGUUUAUUAGUUAUUUAUACUCUAAGAUUAUACCGGCAAACAUUGCAAAAAAUAUUUGGUAUUGAAUUGACAAAUUGGUUUGUCGCAAUUAUGGUGACGCAGUAUCACUUUAUGUAUUAUCUCAGUAGACCUUUGCCAAAUAUUAUGGCAAUGCCUUUAGUUUUGUUAGCUCUGCGUGGGUGGUUGGAACAAAGUCAUAUUUUAUUUAUAUGGUCAUCAGCACUAGCAAUUAUUAUAUUUAGAGCAGAAUUAGCAUUACUCUUGGGUUUAUUUUUAUUAUAUGACAUAGCAUAUAAAAAAUUAACAAUACCAAGAGUACUAAAAAUAUGUAUACCAGCCGGCAUAUGUUCUCUAGCAUUAACUUUAGUAAUAGAUUCAUAUUUCUGGAAGAGAAUAUUGUGGCCAGAGGGUGAAGUACUUUAUUUUAAUACAGUACUGAAUAAAAGUAGCCAGUGGGGCACAUCUCCGUUUCUGUGGUAUUUUUAUUCAGCAUUGCCACGUGGUCUUGGAUUAUCAUACGUACUAGUACCUUUAGGAAUGCUGUGGGAUGCCAGAGUACGUGCACUUACAGUACCCGCAAUAACAUUUGUUGUUUUGUAUUCAUUUUUGCCGCAUAAAGAACUAAGAUUUAUUAUUUAUGUUUUCCCGUUGCUUAAUGUCGCGACAGCUUCCGCGUGUCAAAGAAUCUGGAAUAAUAGAAAAAAGACAACGUGGAAUUCAUUGCUAGCGUUAGCAGUUCUCAGUCAUUUUAUUUUAAAUGCAGCAUUUACGAUGUUCCUUUUAUGUGUAUCGAGUUCAAAUUAUCCUGGUGGACGUGCUAUCACGAGAUUACAUCAAUUAGAAAAAGAUACUCCGUAUGUUAAUGUCCAUAUCGAUACUUUUACUGCGCAGACUGGAGUUUCCCGAUUUACCCAAAUAAAUCCAGACUGGAGGUAUUCGAAGCAAGAAAAUUUGACGUAUGAUGAUCCAGAUAUUUUACAGUUCACUCAUCUGUUUAUCGAAGCUAAAAGUAAAACUUUGUUUAUAAAUAAGCAGCCUAAUUUUAAAGUUAUCGACUCGAUCGACGGGUUCUCACGCAUUACAUUAAAUUACAAAAUGAUACCGCCAAUAAGAAUUGAAAUGAAACCCAUGAUUUUUAUUAUGAAGAAGCCCGAUAGUAAUUUUGAACGACCUGUCAAAAUGAAAACUAAUUUUAUUGACUUGGAGUCUGAAGAAAUUUUUAGAGCUGACGAAAAAGAAAAUGAUGAUGAUGUAGAAGGUGAAGGUCAAGAUGAUAAUGAAGGCGAAGAAGUAGUAGAUGAAAAUAUUUAUGAAGUAAGUGAAGAAGUUGCUGAAAAAAGUGACGAAAAUGAUUUUAAUAUUAAUGAUGAUGAUGUAGACCCACAAGUUAUUGAAAGCGAAACGGUUUUGACAGAUGAUCGAUUAAAUUUUAAAAGUAGUGAUAGAGGUAAACCAUAUCAAUCAGUUAAAGAUGAAGUUAAACAAAUAGUAGAAAUUGUUAAUGAAAAACGAAAUAAUUUAGAUAUAAUUUUUGAAAAAAAUAAUAUUAAUUCUCAAGUACCUGAUGAAUUAACAAUAGAUAAUAAUAAUAAUAGUUAUGAUGAUGAUGAUGAUGAAAAAAAAGAAUCAGAAAAAAAGCCAAUAGUGAUAAAUAAAAAAAAACUGAUGCCAAAAAAAAUAAUAGUUAAGAAUAAAAAUGAAAUGGAGACUGAAGUAUCUAAAGCUGAUAAAAAAAUAGUUAUUACAAAUAAAUUAAAUGUCAAUACUCCGAAGCAAAAGAUUUCUGCAAUAAAAGCUGAGCUGAGUGAACAGGAAAAGCAGAAGAAAAUGAGCGAACCAAAAGUUGCGAAUGUCAAAGAGAGCAUACGUAAUAUUAUCCAGCAGUUUAAAGAAUUUGAAAAAGAUCUUUCAGCAUCGGCGGCGGGUAAUUUGAAUAAUAAAAUAAAUAAUUGGUCACGUAAGAAAAAAUCAGUUGAGAUAAAUUAUGAGAAGAGCGCUCAGUCAUCUUCAGCGUUGCAGGAUCAUAAGACAGAUGAAUUGCCGGAUGAGAAUGAUGAUGAUGAAGUAGCGGUACUGGGUAAUGCAAAAGUAUAUUUGCGAGAUGUCAUUGAUCAAUUUUACGAACUGAAAGAUGAGCUGUCAUUCAAAGAGAACGACCAGUUCAGAGAUAUCGCUGAUAAAUUUGACGAACGGCCAAUUACUGACACUUUGAUAUUGUUUAGCGAAGCGCUUAAGGAUUUAGUUCAGCAGAGAAAAAAUAAACAAAAUGAAGUUACACUUGAAGACAAUGAUGUAAUUAAUCAAUUUGCCGAUCGGUUUGAAACUCCCGUCCCAAUUACAGUUGAAGCUGAUAAUUCAAAUGAAAGAAAAAUUAAAAAGCCAGUUCUCAAAACCCGCGAAAAAAAAAUAAUUAAAAAUGUCUAGUUAAUAUUUUUUAAAAUUUUAUUAAAAUUUAGUUGAAUUGUUAUUUAAAAUUUUAUUUGUAAAAUUAAAUUAUUUAAAUUUUCGACGCAAUGAAUUAUGAUAAUUAAUGAAUUAUGUAUUUUAAUUAUAAAUAUUUUUCUCAAAGUGCCUUAAUUACUGUAUAAAAUUUUUUAUUAAAAUUAAUUACGCAAAUUGU